UUCUCGCGUGCGUGCGUAGGUAGGUACAGUACACGUAUAUAAUUACAAAUUAAAUUAACUAAAAAUGCCAACAAAUUUUGAACUAGCUGUAGAGAAUCCAAAUUUUAAAAACUUGGGCUACGUAAUUGCUGUUGCUAAUCUCAAUGAUAAGCAUGACCGCUCAGCGCCUUCAGACCACCAUUGGAAAAUUUUAAAAUGCAGAAUGAUUAUAUUUUCCAAUUCAUCAAUUCUCGCUUCUCCUGAUAAAAAUGAUAUAAAACGCAUUCACAUAAUUUUCAACAAAGUUGGUGAUGACUAUGACAAAUUAAAUUCUCUGUUCCUCAAAUUUUCUCUGAGCCAGGAAGGAGGAAUCCAUGCUGUAACUGCUGAAAUGUUUCAAUUAUGUUUUAAAUACACAAUCACUGCAAAAAUUGCCCCUGUCUGGAAUACAUUAGGGACUAGUUAUUACAUCAAUAACCGCGACUUUGUAACAGCAAGAGGGCCGCAGAAUGGCUUGCAGUAUGCUAUAACAUCAGAUGAUGAUCAAACCAUUUUGAAUUUAAAAGGUGUUAAGAUCAAUUUCAUCAAGUCAAAGCAAAUUUAUUCACCUGGUGAAUGGAUAAGGGUACUUCCGAGUUUGAAUAAAGCAAUAGUAGAAGAAUACUGUGACAAAAUGCCGCAAUCGGCCAGCUUCAAAUGUUAUAAGGAUUUACGGCGACACUGGAAGAAUAUUCACGGAUAUCGCUUGCCAGAGGAAGAGUUUUCGUACUAUCUAAUUCGCUUCUGGCGAGGUGAACCCAUGACCUACCCGCAAGUUUGUGUGAUCAGAGACUUCCCUAUCAUCACCCCGGUACCUAAAACUGAUGAGGCAACUACGGUAUCCAGAUUUAUAGGAUACCUAAAGAGCAAAUCGCCUAUGAUCCUCGGUGAGCCACUCCAAAUUCGGCAAAAAUUAUUGGACAGACCAGCGAUGCAGGUGGAGCCGGUAAACGACCGUGUCAACGACACUCAAGCCAUAAGUUUAUGUACUCCAACACAAAAGGAAAUAAGACCCCGGAAUACUUAUUAGAAUACGGCUUGUGUAGGUAACUAGUACUUCUAAGGGAAGCGAGGUAUUGAGAAUAUUGAGAUUUACAGUUAAACUAAGACAGGAAGUUAUUUAUUUCACUUUUUAGUCAUUUAUUUUUUUAUCUAGGUAACUUUCUUAAUUAAUAAAUAGAUUGUCAACUUAUAAAAUUUAAAACAUUAUCAGUAU